GUGGUUUAUCAGUUGGUUUCCCUUCUCCUCUCUCACUCUCCCUUUUUCUCUAAAUCCUUUCCUCCCUCCAGGAUUUGGGAACUCUCCAGACUCGGAUGCUCUGAAGAUGGUUCAGCACCGGGUGGACCUCCUAGGGAGGUUUAUGGAGACGCUGGGCGUCCGGACAAUGGUGCUGCUGAGCCCAUCUAUGAGCGGCCACUGCUCCAUCCCCUUCCUCACGAAACACAGUGCCCAGUUCCACGGCUUCAUCCCCAUAGCCCCUGUAGGAACCCGCAACUACACCCCUCAGCAGUACCAGGGCAUCCAGGCGAGAACUGCAAUGCUGGAUGUCUGGACUCAUACUCUGUGUUCGGAGCACUGGACACCAACCUGGGGGCCCAGUCCCACAAGAACCUCAUGCAGCUCCUACACCACUCAGUCCUGAAAAUGGAUGGGGGCGCGCCCUGCCCGCUACAUGGAUAAACCUGGGGAGUUCCACCAUUCACUGUCAGACUUUCUCAGCAAACUGGAGUGAGUGGAGAAGAAACAUUGUGGGAAAGAAGAGCGAUACAGGGUUGUGUUUGCAUGGAAGCGGAGGAGUGUUAUGCAAUUCAGAUAAAAGAAAAGUAGUCCUCUGGGAUAACAGGGCAAAGGCUGCUUUGAUAUGAUAAAUUGCCCCCCUAGUCACCCCGGUGGAGUUGCUUCCAUUACCAUGCUUUUGUUAACAUCCCGUUCAAUAGAAAGCAACUCUAAAAUAAGUUUGCUCUUUAAAGGCAAGUUCAAAGUAUUUAUUGUUCUACAGGCACCAUUAUUGGUUCCAUGAUAAAAAUCAGUUGACAUGAUGAUAAAGAGGUUUAAAGAGAGCUAGGGAGAUAGUCCCAGGGUCGUAUUCAUAAGUGCACACCAUAGCAAAAUGUUUUGCAACAGAAAACUAAAACUAGCAUGGGUCCUGUGUGAUCAUUCCAAUUAAGGUGCUGUAUCUACUAAAUCUGUGGAAAGCUGUUACAACCAGAAAAGUGUACUCCGUUCCAUGUUUUUGUUAUGACAGUGACCACUACUUAUUUUAUAAUGAACUUGUACAUAACUAUGUGAUUUUGUUUUUCAUUGGACAACAAAUAAAAG